GUCACCUCCACCUCACCAUGGAACACAGCAGCCACAACAUGUCCACCAUCGUGCUGCUGGGGAGUGAAGCUCUGAAAAGGCUGAUAGUCAGACUCAUCAUAGGGGAUCAGGAGGACUGUCAGCGUGUGUCCAGUGAGUGCAGUGAUUGCAAAGUUGCUCAGAGCAAGGACUUUCGAGUGGUCAUUGCUCCGGACAUCUUUGACAAGAACAACAAGUAUGUAGACCAGCAUGUGAUAGACCUCAUGGCCCUGUCACUGCCCGGGCCUCACAUCUUCAUCUUAGCCAUCGACCAGCAGAAUGAAGAGGAGACAAGGAAGCAGAUAGAAAUGCUCCACAACUAUUUUGGUGACAUGUCUCAGAAUUUCGUUGUUAUUUUUCGUGACAUCGAGAGCUUCCUGAAAUUCAAAUGUUUAGAGAAAGAGUUCAACAUUUUACUGACCACAGCUAAUGAAAAGCUGGACUCAAUGUGCAGAGAGUGGUGUGGGCGCAAACCCUUUAUAUACAAGUACAACAACUACAGUGAGGUCGUGGUGAAGAGUAGAAGUGCCCUCUUUAGGCCGAGAAGUGAUGAUGCUCCAGUGUCUGGUCAUGAUGAGACAGCUGCAGCACAGCCUCAGUCUGCAGACUCUUCUCUCACACAUGGUUUGUGUGUUGAGCGGAACGACAGUUUCAAUCAGGCCGUAGCUGGAAUGAAUGUCGACUCCAGGCCAAGAAGUGAUGAUCCUCCGGUGUCUGGUCAUGAUGAGACAGCUGCAGCACAGCCUCAGUCUGCAGACUCUUCUCUCCCACAUGGAUGGAUUCAUGAUGAUGUCAACUUCACAGCUGGUCAUGAUGAGACAGCUGCAGCACAGCCUCAGUCUACAGACUCUUCUCUCCCACAUGAUAAUUCUCCAGAUAUAAGAAGAGUCAACAUAAUUCUCUUGGGGCUGACGGGGACUGGAAAGAGUGCCUCUGCAAACACCAUCCUCAAAGAAUUCAAAUCCAACACAAAGUUUGAGUCCAGGUCCGACUCUCUGCCCACCACCAAGAAGUGCCAGAGUGAAACAGUGAAAUACAAAAAACAAGACAUUGAGCUGAUGGUGGUGGACACUCCUGACUUCUUUCAUGAGUCUAUUCAGAACUGUGAGGAGCAGUUAGAGGAGUGUAAGAAGUACCUGAAGUCAGAUCAUUACGUGGUGCUGUUGGUGAUCAAGGUGGGGCGCUUCACUGACCAAGAGAUGAACAUACUGGAGAAACUAGAGAAGAAACUGGACGUGACCAUUCGGGACAAAACCUUCCUGCUGCUGACCGGUGGAAAGGACCUGAAGAAAAGAAAAGUCAUUGAUGUCAUCAAAGAGAAUGAAGAGUUACAGAAAAUAGCCGACCAGUGCAGCCACCGCCACCAUGUGUUUGAAAACCAGAAGAAACAUUCAAAGCAAGUUCAAAAGCUCUUUGAGAAAAUGUGUCAUUCUAAUUUGUUUUUUGUUCCCUGCAAAAAAUAAUGGAAUGUCCAUGGAAUCUGAAUGGAGUGCCUCAAUUUUAUAUGAGUACAACAUUAAAGGUGGAAUAAAUAUGCAUUUUUUUAAAAAAAUCCUCUUUUCCCCUUUUGAUUACAAAUGAACAGACAAGUCUGGCAAGAACAUGGAC